UUUUAUCAUGUAUUCAUCAGCUGGGCAGUUUGCAGGGGAACCAUGGCUGGGAUCAUGCUAGCGCGGUCCAUCUCACGGUCGCUAUUGCCUACUAGCAAGCACAUCAAGACCAAAGGAUUGACCAAACAAUACUGGACUGCUCGCAAGAAGACCUUUCUCACAGGUGGAAGAACAGCCACGAUCCUUUUAACUUUACCUGCCUUAUCUUACCUGGGAAGCAAAACAUACAGGAGGCUGCACUGGAAUGCUGUGGUCCACGCUCUUGACAAAGCUGAAGAGGACUUGGAGCAGGCAGACUACCUCUACGGCUGUGGAGAGACGGAGAAACUUUACCAGCUGCUGCUGCCGUACUCUCUCAGUGAGGACCCUGAGCUCCUCUGGAGGCUGGCCCGGGCGUCCCGCCUGAGCCAGGUCUCCACGGUCGCCCCCGGCGACAGGAAGCGGCUGGUGUACGAGGCCUUUGAGUACGCCAAGCGGGCGCUGGAGAGGGGGGACGCCUGCUUCGCCGCCCACAAGUGGUAUGCGGUGUGCUUAAGUGAUAUCGGGGAUUAUGAAGGGACCAAAGUGAAAAUCGGAAACUCCUACAUUAAACAGCAUUUGGAGAGGGCCAUUGAGCUGAACCCGAAAGACGCCACAUCCUUCCACAUCCUGGGAUACUGGUGUUUUGCGUUCGCCGAGUUGCCAUGGUAUCAGCGCAAAGUCGCCGCCUUGAUCUUCGCUUCGCCACCCACCGCCACGUAUGAAGAGGCUUUGGAGUUCUUUCUGAAGGCCGAAGAAGUGGACCCAAACUUCUACAGCAUGAACCUGCUGAUGUUGGGGAAGACCUACCUGAUGAUGGGGGAGAGGGAGAAGGCCCUUCUCUGGCUCAGCAAGUCCAGGGACUACCCCGCCCACAACGAGGAGGACCGUGAGGUGCACAAGCAGGCCCUGGAGCUUCUGAAGAAGAUGAGCGGAUGAAGACGGGGGAAGAGCUACGGCGUUCGCGAGGAGCAGCUGCCACUCUGAGGGCUCAGAGGCCGUGUCUGGAGGAGCAGUAACUUCAAACCCCUCAUAGCAGGGGACGUUGGCAGCACACUGACCUAGGUCUCUUCUCUGAGUGAGAGAGUGAGAGAGUGAGAGAGUGAGAGAGUGAGAGAGUGAGAGGG